AUGAUUUGCAACGAGGAAUAUAUUUCUACAGCCUUGGAUAUACCUGUGUGUUAUGCACAAAAUGAACUGGUGAUAUCAUCCGCUGACGACGUCGUUUCCUACGAGUAUUCAGAAGAUGGACAUUUGUGGCUCAAAACAAUCAAGCUUGAAAAAUGCAAUCGUAGUGAAUUGGGGGGUGUUCUUACAUUUCUCAAAAAUCUUCAAAGUAUAUCACCUUAUCGGAUUUUGUCGGACAGUUCUGAUCGGACUCUUAAGACAACUGUCUAUCAUGGCUGUCAUCUUCCUUUGUAUAUUUCGCUCGAUGGGACAGACUUAAGGCUCUCAUACCCCAUUUGUAAGAGUGGUUGCGUGCAAGAACUUCUUAAGCCAUAUUUUGCUGAUGGUGGACUACCUGAGAACCUAGUUGCAGCCAUUUUUUCCCGAGCUGUUAAAUCUGUUUGUGAGCUUCAUAAAGCCGGCUGGAUACACCGUGCCCUGUGCUCAAGACAUUUGUUGCUGAACCAAUUAGCACAGGAUAAGGAUUCCUUGGAUGUAUCACUCUGCGGUCUUGGAAGUAUCGCGCAUGUGAAACCCAACGGUAGCUGUUUGAACCGCACCGGUUUACCCGUGAUCGAUGCGGGUUGGAGGGGGUGGCACUACCAAAACCUCCUAGAUACUGUUUAUAGCACCCAUCCAGUCGCGUGGUACAGUCCCGAAAUGAUAGCACAAGACUUCCAAGGUUACGGCGAACCGUCAGACAUUUACAGCCUUGGGUUGACCCUUGGGGAGAUGUUUACCGGAAUUCCGCCAUUUGUUGGUACAAUCACACCGUCUUGCCCACCGAUCCCAAUAACUCCAGAAAUGACGAUGAUGAUGGUGAUGAUCGUUCUCUUGCAGCCACCCAACACGACAGCGAGCGCUGAAAUGGUCUCGGUUUUCAAGCAAUGCACACACUUCGACCCGGACCGUCGGCCCACUGCAGACGAACUGCUUCAAUUGCCUUGGAUCCAAAAGGGUCUGUCAACCCCACUGACUGAAGCAAUGCUGGAGCCCUUCAGACGCUGA